AUGACUUCCCAAAUUGCCUCUCCUCUCCCCAUUGAAUUCUCAAACUUGAUAACAUGCAUCCCUGGCGAUGGAACUGUAGUUUUCAGAAUGAUAGCCUAUCCUCUUGGUGUCGAUGGUGCUCCUGUACCUCCGGAAGCAUUGGAAGAAUACGCUAAAAUGUAUUCCUUCGAUUUGCCUCUCUGCGUUCAUGGGGAAACCACGACGGUCGAACUCUCCGACUUACAGGGUCCUCCAAACUGCUCCGUGAUUAUUAGAUGUCCUCGAGACGAAGAAGAUCGAUGUGCUUACAAUGUCAAUCUGAGCACAUUACUCGCCUCCAAAGACUUAGUUUGCGGUUACUAUCAUCCGCGCCAACACGCCGCUCGAUGGUCCAAUGAAUCUGACACAGAAGAUGGUCCCGACCCCCCCUCCUCCGACGAUUCACUGCGAUCUUUCAUCGUGUCCGAUUCUGACAGUGUUCGGGGUCGAGACUCUGAUGAUUACCACAGCGACUCCAUGCCUGAAUUAGUCUCUCUCUCUGAAAGCUCCGACAGUGCCGAAUUCACAUCUGCCUCCGUCUCCGACACCGAGUCUGCGGUGGGAGAGCUAUCCCAGAGCAGCUCAGAUUACGAAGACCAGUCUCAGGAUGGCUCAGAUCGUAGUGAUUUCGCCGCCCAACCUUCUCAUCUGGCAGGGCACUCAGUAGCUUUUGUCCAAUACAGAUGGGCCAGUAAGGCUUUUUUCCACCUCAAUAUCUACGGUCUAGUAGGGAGAAUUGGAAACGACAAGUGUACGUCCCAAUUGGGGCCAGGGGGAGGGGGAUUUCAAACACUGGACUCUAAGCAGUUUGUGAGCCUGGGUACACGCCUAGUGGUCGAAUCAUACGGCCCAAUUGGUGGACACAUUGAAGCCGAAACAGCCAAUUCCCAAAACAACUUAGUGGUCGAAUCAUAUGGCCCGAUUGGUGGUGGCACUGAAGUUGGAACAACCAAUUCCCAGGCUCACGUCGUACACUCUAAUCUUGGAGAGCCAAGUGCCAAUCCCCCCGACCUGAACAAGCGUUCGAGCCGGACACGGCAAUUGGUGGUUGCCGCCGAUCAUGGUUAUCCAAUUCCCGGUCUCAAGUCGGGCGCUCGAAUCUUACAGCCCAUUGAGGCGAGCGCGUAA